AUGGCCUCCCCCACAUCGGGAAGCCCGCGCAAGCGACCCAACUUCCUCUUCAUCCUCGCCGACGACCUCGGUUUCUCAGACGUCGGCUGCUACGGCAGCGAGAUCCAAACGCCCAACAUCGACCGCCUGGCCGGCGAUGGAAUCCGCAUGCUCAACCACCACGCCGCUGCCGCUUGCUCGCCGACGAGGGCCAUGCUGCUCAGCGGCACAGAUGCCCAUCUCGGUGGCCUGGGGGUCUUGAUCGAGCAGAAAGCCGCGGAGAAUGGCACCAAGCGGUGGGCCGGCAAGCCUGGCUACGAAGGUUAUCUGAACCAGGAUGUGGCGACUAUCCCGGAGAUCUUGAGCGAUAAUGGGUAUUGUACGCUGAUGUCGGGCAAGUGGCAUCUUGGUCUACGUACCUCACAAGGACCAUGGGCAAGGGGCUUCUCGAAAGCCUUCGCGAUGCUGCCUGGCUGCUGCAAUCACUAUGGCUGGGAGCCAGCACAAGAGCGCUUCCCCAUUGGCGGCAGCCCGGUCCAUGCGGAGAUGGGCAAGAAGGUUGAUAUCCAGCCAAACAAGACCGAAGACCCCAACGGCUUCUACUCUUCGGCUUACUACACUGACAAGCUGAUCGAUUACUUUGAGGGUCGAGAUGAGGAGGAGAAGGCAGAGCCGUUCUUUGCGUUUUUGCCCUUCACAGCGCCCCAUUGGCCUUUGCAGUGCACGAAAGCACAACGUGACAAAUACAAAGGCAUCUACGACGGCGGCCCCUACGCCCUGCGCCAAUGCCGCCUCUCCAAACUGGCCGUGAUGGGCAUAAUCGACUCGUCAGUCAUCCCGCAUGACGUCGAGACAAGCACGAUGGGGUUCGGAGAAUGGGCCGACAUGACAGCAGAGGAGAAACAGCUCUCUAGCCGGGCGAUGGAGGCCUAUGCUGGCAUGGUAGAUACUAUGGAUGUCAAUGUGGGCAAGGUGGUUGAGUAUUUGAAGAAGACUGGGCAGUACGAUGACACGUUCAUUGUGUUCAUGAGCGAUAAUGGGGCUGAGGGAGCUGCGUUGGAAGCUAAACCCAUCAUGGGCGACAACAUCAUGCGCGUCAUUCACCAAUAUUACGACAACUCUUACGAGAACAUUGGCGCCUGGAACUCUUUCACAUGGCUCGGUCCCCUCUGGGCUCAAGCCUCCACAGCUCCAUCAAGACUCUUCAAAAUGUUCCCCUCGCAAGGAGGGAUCCUCGUCCCCUGUGUCGUCAAGCCGCCAGCCAACACAUUCCUCCCUAACUUCAUCCCAGGGUCUUUCAACCGCGCGUUCUCAACGGUCAUGGACUUUGCUCCUACCUUCCUCGACCUCGCUGGUGUGUCCCUGCCGCCUGCAGAGGCGAAGACGGUGACUACACGACUCGCGGGCGGAGUGGAAACAACCACGCGAAAAAUGACCACCUUCCGAGGCCGACCCGUCCACGCCAUCCGCGGCAAGUCAUGGGUGCCCUUCUUCAACCAUGGAGACGCGGUGGAAGACGACGACGAAACCUGGGCAAUCCACUCCUCCACCGAUGCAACAGGCUGGGAACUCUUCUCCCGCGCCGCCCUCCGCAAAGGCGCCUGGAAGAUCGUGCACAUCCACAAAAAGCACGGCGGUGUCGGGAUCGGCGACGAGGGCUGGGAGCUCUACAACCUCAGCACCGACCCUGGCGAGACGAAAGACCUCGGUCCACAGGAGCCGGAGAAGCUUGCUGAGCUGUUGGAGAGCUGGGAGGAGUAUGUGGCGGAGUGCGGGAUUGCGUGGGGCCCUUCUGCUACUGCCGAGGGCAUGUCAAAGGAGGAGGCGCCGGAAUUUUGGCUGGAUGAGUUGGAGUUGCAGAGGGGUUGGAUGGGUGCGAGGGGUGGCGUGAGUCCCGAGGUUUGCCUCUAG